UUCACCCAUGGUUUUAAUCGGUUGUGAAUUAAAUUGUUCAUCGUCGCUGUUAUAAAUGUACAAAUUUCACGACAGCACUGAAACAGUUACAUUUAAAGCUUACUGUUCGCAAUCAUCAUGGCCUUUCUUCUGGCCCAUAGAAGACAGCAUAAUAUUGGCACUCGGUUAGCUUUAUUCCUAAUGCUCGUAUGGAUCGGUGGGGGUGCCUUGGCAGCAGGCGCCACCGGAGCACAGCGUCCUGUGAAUGCUAAUGCGAAUCCACGUUUGCCACGAACAAGUGCCAGCCAACUCAAUAGUGGCAGCAGCUCCACUACCACCUUCAAACUAGCUGCCAAAACAUUAAACGCAACGCGCAAUGGAAACUUGCGCACAAGGGAACAACAGUUGCUAAAUAUAUUUGAAAUAAUUAUUACCACAUUGGAGGGGAAAUUGAAACGUAUUGAUAAUCUGGACAGAUCAGUUGAACUUAUAAUGCGACAUAUGGAAAUUUUGGAUAAUCGUGUGGCUGAUAAUAUAGUGAAAACCGAAGCGGUUAUAUCUAAACUUUUAAGUUUAGAUACAAGGCUUUCGAAUGAUGGACGAGUAUUGCCACAAACCACAACUAUUCCCGACAGUACUUCGGGGGGUAAAAGACCAAAUGACAAUCACAAUUCGUCGGGUUAUUUGCUUGAGAAUCAACUCAUUCAACUGGAUCAAAAGGUCAGCGACAUUGAUUCGAAACUUGAAGUGCUAAAAACUCAAAUCGAUAAUAACCUAUUGCAAGGAGAUGAUUUCAACGUCGAAGCCAGUGAGAAAAAGCCAAUUACCAUGAAUGUAAUUGAGAUUACAAAGGCCAUGAACACCGAGGCAAUGGCCCAUGUAUCAACGGAAUUGAAUGAGCUUCGCGACUCAACAGACAGUAUUGAUAAAAAACUACAAUUUCACAUAAAUAUUGUAUCGGAAAAUAUUGGACGAAUGCUACGCAUGAUACAUGACAUACACUUUGCUGUCGUGGAUCAUCCGGAGCAGAUAAACGGAUUCAAUGUGACCACAACGGUUCCACCACCAAUCAAAUCAAGCAAAAUUGAUGCACUGGUCAAGCAAAUGCGUCCCAUGGUAUCGGUAUCUGAAAAAAUGGAUGAAGUCUGGGAUGUUGUUGUGGGCACAAAGUCGACCGUUGACAAUCUUUUGCCCAAAUCGGAUGCCCUUCUUUCACAAACCCAGCGUCAGGAACGUGCAAUUGGCGAAAUUCAUCAAGACUUGAAGGCGAAAACAAAUUUAAUUAUUAACAAUUUGGAUAUGGUGGAGAGACGCCUGAAGAAACAAGAAGAUGACGUACAGAUCUUGGCACAGCGGCCAGGACACUCGGAGCUGUUAAUGGAUCCAACGAUUGAUCGUUUGGUUGAAUACGAUCCAAAUAGAUACUCUGUCUAUGAGGACACUUUGGCUGAGGUGAAUACGCAAGCUACUCCAGCUUUUCCACCUGCACAAUCCUUUGCAGUGCCACCCACAUCGCCUAUACCAAUUACAAACAAUACAGCCACUGAAGAUAUAACACCAAAUCCGAAUCAAAAUACUACAUCGGCCACGAAUAUUGGCAAUGUGCUUGGCAUUAUGUUAAAUGGCACUUUACCCUCAGCGACAACAGUGCCUACUUCCAAUCCAGCACCCACAAAGUCCAUAGUUCGUAAAGGCGGCAUCAUCUUUCCAAGUGUUAAGAAUAAGCCGGCUGUGGUCAACAACACAUUCACCAGCGACAUUUUGACCCUCAAAGAUGUGAAGGGUUUCUCUUGUGUGGAUCUGUUAAACGCUGGCAUGAAGCAAUCUGGGGUAUUUUAUCUACAAAUUCGGGGAACAACCUAUUGGUUCCUGAAAGUUUUUUGUGAACAGGAAAUAGCUGACGGAGGCUGGACGGUCAUACAAAGACGUGAUGACUUUGGAGAGCCAAGAGAAAACUUCAACCGCGAUUGGGCCGAUUAUAAAAAUGGAUUUGGAGAACCAGGAAAAGAAUUUUGGUUAGGCAACGAAAACAUCUAUAUGCUGACAAAUAAUGAAGAAUAUGCCCUUAGAGUAGAAUUGGAAGACUUUGAGGGAAACAAACGGUAUGCACAGUAUUCACACUUUAAGAUUCACUCAGAGUCUGAUUAUUAUAAACUCGAGAUCGACGGUUAUGAAGGAAAUGCAGGGGAUUCGCUAAAUGAUCCAUGGUACGGUUCAAACAAUAGUCCAUUUUCGACAUACAACAAGGACAAUGACCGAAGCUCACUUAAUUGUGCAAGCAUGUUGAAGGGCGGCUGGUGGUGGAAGUCCUGUGGUCGCGGUCUUAAUGGCCUAUAUCUUCAUGACCCGCAGGACUUAACAGCUCGACAGGGAAUUGUAUGGUUUCGCUGGCGUGGUUGGGACUACACAUUAAAAAAGGCCACUAUGAUGAUACGUCCAAGGAUGCCUCAGCCGCAGUCUAUGUCGGUAGCGACGAUCGCCUAACCAUCAAUAUAUAACGAGUUUAGUUAAUGGGAGAAUCGAUGCUCCGCUAGGUUAUUAGCAUCCUUCAUAAUUACAUAACAAUAGUAAAUUUUUUUGCAUUAAAUCACACUGUAAUAUUAAUUUCUUAUGUUUACACAUAUUAACUUAUGUUUAAUUGUUUAUUUAGAUUAUUUAAUAGCCAGAUAAUUUUCCUGUUAUCAGACUCCAUUCUACAUACAUAUGUACAUAAAAAUCACAAUCGAAACAAAAAUCUAAAAGAAAAGAAAAAAAAAACUAUCCUAGUGCUAGCCAAUCUGUAAAAUAGAUGAAUGCUGAAGUUAAUUGUGUUUAACGCAAUAUUAUACAAAGAGUGUGUAUCUGAGCGUCUGCACAAGUCUGACAAUAAAUGUUUGUCUUCUUUUUUUGUUCCACACA